GUUAUUUGGGGUUAUCCUGCUCCUCUGCCUCCUGAACCUAAUGGGCAACAAGGCCAUCAUCCUAGUGUCCAGUUUGGAUCCCCGACUCCACACACCCAUGUAUUUCUUCCUGUGCCACCUCUCCUUCAUCGAUGCUGCCUUAAGCACUUACAUCAUCCCCCAGCUGCUGUGGAACUUGGGAGGGCCAGAGAAGACUAUCAGCUACAGGGGUUGUGUAAUUCAGCUCUACGUAGCCUUGAUGUUGAGUUCUACUGAGUGCAUCCUCCUGGCCACCAUGGCCUAUGAUCAUUAUGCUGCCGUUUGCCACCCUCUUCAUUAUACUGUUCUCAAGCACCCUGGUCUCUGCUGGUGGCUGGUGGGUGUGGCCUGGCUUUGCAGGCUCACCAACUCCCUGGUGUUGAGCACCAUUGCUCUGGUUCUUCCCCGAUGUGGCCACCGGCAGGUGGGCCACUUCAUAUAUGGAGUCCCAGCCCUGAUUAAAAUGGCCUUUGUGGACACACGCUGGAGUGGAGCCACAGUGUUUGCUUUUAGGGUCCUCAUUCUCAUGAUGCCUGCCUCUCUCCUCCUGGCCUCUUCCUGUGCCAUCACCAGAGCUGUCCUGAAAAUCAAGUCAGGCACCGGGAGGCGAAAGGCCUUUGAGACCUGUGGAUCUCAGCUCACUGUGGCAUCCUUGUUUUUUGGAACGAUCAUCUACAUGUACAUUCUGCCCCACACCAGCUCCUCCCAGGAGCAGGGCAAGUUCCUCACCCUCUUGUACACCACUGUCACUCCUGUGCUCAACCCCUGA